ACCUGGGUCCGUCCACCGGUCUGUUAUAGUUUGGAUUAAGCCUAGCCUCGGUUUCGACGACAUAGAUAAGUUGACCUGGUCUGGUGGCCAUGUUAUGGUUGGCAUUCGUGCUUGACACAAAUGACAGAUCAAGUGUGAGCAUAUGUGAGAUAUCAAAGGGUUUUGAUGAGUGAAAGAUUUCCUCCGCGGCCUCCCCCUGAGCGAUGGCGUCUUCCAAACGAACGUUCACGGUGGAACAGUUUGAGCUGAUCCGACGUCUAAGGAACAGUGGCGUGACCUGCCAGCAAAUCAUCGAGGCUUUCCAAGCCUUUGAGCGGAUCGAUGCGGACCUGGGCUCGCUCUACACUAGUCCCGUGCCUUCCAGCAACACCUCUGCUGCUCCUCCGCCCCCAAGAAGAGCAUCAGGUCCUGGCGGGACGUUCCACAGCCCCGGUGCCUCGUCCUACCCACACCCGGCCGGGUUCAAAGGGUCAACGCCGCCCACCAAUCAUCACAGUAAAGCUGUCAAUGGCGGGACUAUUGCCGAGGUCCAGUCAAGCAGCACCACCCCGGACAGCAAUGGCAAUGGUGACAGCAACAAAUGCAGCAACAACAACAACAUCAGCAACACUGACAACAACACGAGCAACAGCUGUCGGCCCACUCCAAACUUCCCGGUGAAGUUGGAGCCGGUCCCGCUGGAGUUUGACACUGACAAGUGCAUGGAGAUUCUGCUCAGCCAAACGCCGGAGAACAUGAUGGAGCUGAUCAGGCGGUGUGUUGUCUCUCUCCCCGACUUCAACCCGACACAGGUGUCUUCCAUUCCAGGUAUGACAGAGACAGGCCUGACCCAUGUCCUAUCGGGCGACUUCCAGGCUCUGGAGCUGGGCGUCAAGUACAAAGUCCUGGAGUGGCUCCUCUUCCACCUCAAGAGGACCGAGUGGUUCCAGUCCGAGCUUAGCCUCAUGCUCCGCAUGCAAGGGCCGGAAGGGCUGGGCGUCAACUUCACGCCUCGACGAGAAAGAUUUAUGUUCCGAGAGAAACAUCUGGAAGUUUUGGAGACGUUCUUUAAGAAAGUGCAGUACCCCACGCCGGAGGAGAAGGAGCACAUCGCCAAUGAGUGCAACCUGGCCAUGGCAGCCUCACGUGACAGAGAGCUGGGAGAGAAGGAGAAGAUGACCCCGUUCAAUGUGUCCAACUGGUUCAGUAACAGGAGGAAGGAGAUCAAGAGGCUGGCCAAAAUAGGAGGAAUAGAGACGGAGAAAGUGAUCUUGCCGAGCCGGGUGAAAGCCAAACCCAUCUCCUACCUGCCCACUUUCAACGACCUCAUGACGGAGCAGAGCCACCGACUCUUGGGCAACUUGUCGGACCCGAGGCUCCUGGCAGGGUCAGGGGUCACAGGAAGUGGCAACCCCCAGCUGGACGCCUUGGCGAUGUCCAUGUUACAGACAGCCACAGGGGGCCACGCCGGCUCCGAACCCUCAACCUUGCCCCUCGCUCUGUCCGUGGCUUCUUCCCAGCCCCAGUUCCCCACCACCUCCUCUGUCGUGGGCUCCCGCACCUCCCCCCCACCACCCCUGACCUCCCCACGACCCCUUGCCUCCCCCCCACCCCCGCACACAGAUGCGGGCACCAGCCUGAACCAGAGUUCCUCCAGCGACGCGAGCAGCGGCUUCCACUCGAGCUCGGCCAUCUCCGUCAAGCCAGAAAUAGACAGCAGCGACGAGGACGAGAUGGACAGUUUACCUUUGACCUCUGGGGAACACGGUGCCGGGCACGCACUGAAGGUUGAAGGUCAAACGUAAGCCAGUCAGUCGUCGCGAGUUGCGACCAGGAGUGGUGGGAGUGAUGGUGCUUCUCUUUGUGGGGACGAGGGCAGUAAACUUGACAAUAAUACUUGUGUGAACUUGACAGGGAUACCUGUGUAAACUUGUGUGAACUUGACUGUGAUACCUGUGUAAACUUGUGUGAACUUGACAGGGAUACCUGUGUAAACUUGUGUGAACUUGAUAGGGAUACCUGUGUAAACUUGUGUGAACUUGACUGUGAUACCUGUGUAAACUUGUGUGAACUUGACAGGGAUACCUGUGUAAACUUGUGUGAACUUGACUGUGAUACCUGUGUAAACUUGUGUGAACUUGACAGGGAUACCUGUGUAAACUUGUGUGAACUUGACAGGGAUACCUGUGUAAACUUGUGUGAACUUGACAGUGAUACCUGUGUAAACUUGUGUGAACUUGACAAUGAUACCUGUGUAAACUUGUGUGAACUUGACUGUGAUACCUGUGUAAACUUGACAAAGACACCCGAGAACUUGUCAGGGAUACCGAUAAAUUUGACAAAAA